AUGUCGUCUAACUAUCUAUGUAACCAAACGGGAAAUUGUCCUGUAUGUCAAGAGGUUCUAAUGGUUCAAAAUUUUGAAAGACAUUGUAACAAUAAACAUACACUAUUAUCAUCUAAUGAACGUCGCAACGCUUUGAAAACUUUAAAAGAAGAAUGUUCAAGAAAAUGUACAGCAAAACAAGCAAAUUCAUCUAAUAUACGUGAUUUUUAUUUUGCAAAAAAACCUCGUAUUUCAUCAACAGAUCCAAAAGUACUAAAUGACAAUAAUAGUGAAGUUGUUAAUCCAGUUAUUAACAACACAUUAGCAAAUACUAAUGAAGUCAGUGCAUCUGAUGAUGGUUCAAUAACAAUAACAAAUUAUUUUAAUAUUAAUAAUUAUGAUACAUCUGUGGACAAAAGCAUUAACAGCAACAACUUCAACGAUGAUACAAUAAUUAAGAAUACUUUCUAUUUUUCUGCAAAGGAUUAA